UUGAUGUUCUCAAGGCACAUUUCAUUAAAGAAGGACGGAUAGAGGAAGAAGCUGCCAUCAAGAUCAUCGAAGAUGGAGCUGAGUUCUUUCGGAAAGAGAGGACUCUCAUCGAGGUGGAAGCACCCGUGACAGGUGCGCGACACCAACCUCCAGCUUGAGACUUCGCCAUCCUCAUGCCUCACCCCACAGCUCUCCGCCCCUCCCUUCACUACACUGCACGCUCCUCCUCACUAGCCUUAUUUUACCAACAUCUGUCCAAAGGCAUGUGGGUUGACAAAGCAAGAGUCUGUGGUGACAUUCAUGGUCAAUUCUUUGACUUGAUGAAGCUGUUUGAAAUUGGUGGAGAACCCAGCAACACAAAGUAUCUAUUCCUUGGAGAUUAUGUGGAUCGGGGCUAUUUCAGCAUUGAGUGUGUGCUGCUUCUCUGGGUGCUGAAGAUUCACCAUGCAAGCACAUUAUUCCUGCUCCGGGGAAACCACGAGUGUAGACACCUCACUGAGUACUUCACGUUCAGGCAAGAAUGUAGAAUCAAGUACUCAGACCACUUCUACAAUGUCUGCAUGGUUGCUUUUGACUGUCUGCCUCUGGCCGCACUGGUAAAUCACCAGUUCCUCUGCCUGCACGGCGGCUUGUCACCUGACGUCCACACUCUAGAUGACAUUAGGAGAUUAGACAGGUUUAAGGAGCCACCAGCCUUUGGUCCCAUGUGUGAUCUGCUGUGGUCGGACCCAGCUGAGGACUAUGGCAGCGAGAACAAACCAGAUCACUUCAGUCAUAACACUGUUCGAGGCUGCUCCUACUUCUUCAGUUACGCCGCUGUUUGCAAGUUUUUGCAACACAACAACUUGUUAGCAGUGAUCCGUGCGCAUGAGGCCCAGGACUCCGGAUGCCGAAUGUAUAAGAAAAACCAGACGACUGGCUUCCCGUCAUUAAUAACGGUAUUCUCUGCACCAAAUUAUCUGGACGUCUAUAAUAAUAAAGCUGCUGUACUGAAAUAUGAAAACAAUGUCAUAAAUAUCCGGCAGUUUAACUACUCCCCACACCCUUACUGGCUGCCAAACUUCAUGGAUGUCUUCUCCUGGUCUCUGCCGUUUGUUGGCGAAAAGGUUACAGAUAUGUUGGUCAGUAUCCUCAAUGUCUGUUCCGAUGAUGAGCUGCUGAACGAGGCAGAGGAUGAAGAAUCUCAAUACAAUCGCAAGGAAGUCAUCAAGAGUAAGAUCCGUGCAAUUGGCAGGAUCGCCAGGGUCUUUACAGUACUCAGAGAGGAGCAUGAGAAUGUGCUGACAUUAAAAGGCUUGACACCAUCAGGCAACUUACCCAUUGGUGCCCUGACAGGAGGGAAACCGAACCUGCAGAAAGCUUUAACUGAUGCAACACGUAGUGCAGGAAAAGGUGCUGUGUCAGCUAUCAGCUUUGAACAGGCCAGGGGUUUGGACCGUCUUAACGAGAGGAUGCCUCCACGCAAGUCGAACAUGAAGAACGAUGGCUCGUCUCAGACCUCAGCCCAGAGACGCUCUUGGAUCCAGUCUCAGACCUUGGGCCAUUCGAAGCGGAACAGCCAGCCAUCCACGGGCAGCGCACAGCAGCAGAAUGCAGCAACUGCUCAGGCAGAGUCCCCCUCCGGCCAGGUGUUAGAGCGGACACACAGCAUCAUCAGCCGGCAGCGGCAAUCAAGUACCCAGCACAACGAGCAAAAGGCGCGCUCUAGUACUUCAACCAACAAGGGCAAGGGCAAAGGAUAAGUGGCACACAAGCUGGUCACAGGCACAUCAAGGGCUUAUUUAUUUAUUGUGACUGUUUGCAAGAUGGGAGUAUCUUGUGCUGCAUGGAACUGGCCAACCCUUUGGUUCCAGUAGUCAACAGUUUAUGUGGUUCGUUGGACUGAAGUAUCAGAUUGGGAGAACUUGACCCAACAUAACUCUUGGAUAUUCACAGACCUCAUUAAGCCAUGGGGUUUUGAUUCCCAAUCUGGUCUGGAUUGCUGUGGGGACUGAUGGUAGGGUUGGAUGCUAUCCUGACUGGUUCCCUCAACCUCCCAUUCUAUCUCUCCAGUUGUCUGGUAGUUGCUCACCUCACCCUCCCCUCUUUGGAGGACAGAACCCUCAGAAUAAGAAUGGAGGUGGCAGGAAUGGAGUCUUCUAAUGUGUUAUUGUCCACUUGGCAAUCCAAAUGUCACACCCCCAUAAGGAGCAAGCAUUGUUUUGCUCCUGAAUUCAUCUACAUCAACGAAGCCCAUUUAUGUCUCCACUAUACCUUCAGGUUUUAUUUGUUUUGAAGUCCUGUUUCUACAUAACCCAGCCACAAGGACACGUGAUCCCACAUUGGGAAUGCAUGAGCUUUCCCCAAACUUUAUCUCCAGUUGUUUUACAUCCAGUAGGUUUGUGCUGGGAUUUUCAUUUUGCUCAGGUUUUUAAUGAACAAUGUUGUUUUUAAUGUUGCUUGUGUUGCACGUUGCAUCAUCCAUGUCCCAACAUUAUUCUUGACCCUUAAUUACAGAGUGAAUGAAUCCAUUGGCUGUUCUCGAUUCACAGACUCUGAGUUGGGGUGCUCAAGACUUGGAGGGCGGUGGGAGUGGGGGGGAGAGCUGUCUGUCAUGGACGGGUGAUGGAGGGAAGAGAGAAAUUGGCAGUGCUCCUCUGUUUCAGUGAGAUGAUGCCACUCAGCAAAGGAAUCUGAAAGACCAAAGGAAGGGCGGGGUUGUGUUCAUUUUUAUUAGCAUAUCACUCAUAAAUUUAUUUUUAACUAAUUGUUAGCUUGUUGGCAGAGAGGGGUGGACAGGACUUCUGGUGGAGCUCAUCGACAGGGAGUGUCGCAGUUGGACUAAGUUGAGAAGUUAGUUUAAGUCUCCCGAAGCUCUGCCUUGGUAUCCAUUUAAAGCUCAAUUGGAAAGCGGGCAGGGAAGGCACAGCUCAGCAGUCCAAGCCAAGGAGACAUCCUGUUUCAUCUAACUGCUGCUAGCUUUGUCACUGCUGUUGAGAUUCCAGAAUGCAGGCAGAAGAAUCAUUUGGUCUAUCAUUAGUUGACCCUUCUGAGUCAACCUGAGGCUUUGGCAUUCUCUCUGCUCCUUCUGUGGUCCUUGUGUCCCAGUAGUCUAAAGGACCACCUGUCCAAGUAAUUCAUUCACUUGAAUCAAGUUGAGUAUGAUGUUCUCCUAAGGGGUUGUCUUUUGGUGGAUCUGGAUUCAAUCUGUUCAAGUACUUCUCCAUAGCGAACUUCUGAGAGACACACAAAUGAGAGGGAAAAGACCACCUGAUGUGUCAGUGUGGGAUCUACAGACCUGAAGACCUUCACCCUAGGCAUUAAAAUGUCCCUUCUUUAGACUCAGGGAUGUAUGACGAAGAUCACUGUUUGUGUUAACAUCAAGAUUUGGGAAACAUUGUUGGUGCGAUCCUUGCUAAUGGGAGAGGUUUGUAGAAUGAGUUGGGUUGGCGUAGUAGGUACAGCAGGGUGACAGGGAUAUGUUUGAGCCAGGCUGGUGCAAGAACAGCCGAUUGGUGCUUGUACAGCAAAUGGGCAGAUCGAUGGCACAGGGUCGAACUGAUGUAGUAUCAUUUGUCGCAUGUUAUCCAUCAAAUUCCUACAUUUACGUUCAGUUUGUUCAACUUCUCUUGCACCUUUGUAGCUGACAGUAGCGUUUAGCUUCAUUUGAAAAGAGCAACUAGUGGUAUCAGUACAUUCCUUUGAGGUGACUGUCAAUGAUUUGAUAAAUAACUGAAAUUAAGGUUCUCAGGUUUGCAACAGGUAGUGACAAGGUAGCCGUUAACUGCAUAUUAGCAGUUUAAUUGUGACCAAAUCUGCUUUUAAAACAAAGCACAACACCACUGCAGUUCACACUAGAGCAGCAACUCCAAUCUAAACAGUUGAUGGGUUUCUAGAACAACUGGGUCGCUGCUGAGAAAAGGAGAAAACUAUAUAGUAUCAACAGAAUGUGGAUCUUUCAUUGUUCCCCUCCUCAAAGCAGAUGCACCAAAAUUUGGUUCAGGUGGAGCCCUUAGCCUGGCCUCAGAGCCCUCCAGUCACCUGAAAACGGUAAUCUUGGUAGUGGUUGUGGAACAGGACUGCUCCCACUACCAAGAUUAAAUUAAUAAAUUAAGCAUUUCCUUCCACUUCCACCCACCAUCCCAAGAACAGAGUUUUAAGGUGACCUUGUAGGCCUAAUCUGAUGUGUGCAUUUAAGCAGUCACAGAGACUUCAGGGACUGAUUAGGUGGAAAUUCAGAUUCUCCUCAGAAAUUUAUUUAAAUUGGCGCAUUGAGGUCCUGAACCAAUCUGAAACAAAUGGGCUUCCAAUUCAUCAAAAAUGGGAUCAGUUUCUGGUGUUGUUUUUAAGGGAUGGAGUAACAUCAUUUGCAGAAUUUUUAAAUGUGCAGUAAUUGUUCUCAGGAUUGAAGUAGCAACACCUCAGUGGAGAACAUCUCUCUGCCUUAACAAUGUUGUUUCAAAACUGUUUCAUUAACUUGUAUUUUCAUAAAAGCACUGAGAAAACUGUACUGGUUUCUAAAUUACCACAGUAAUAAGAAUUUUCUUGUAAC